CAACAAUCGAUUCAGCAUGCACAUGUCUGCUGCAGCGUCUGCCAAUGUCUGCCAAUGAACACCAGGUGUUGUCGUGUCCCUUUUGCGAAUUCAAGGACCAUGAUUCAGAAUUUCUUACCCAACAUGUCACAUUAUGCCACCCGGAGGACCCAAACACCUCUGCGCCUCGGGAUGUGACGGGCGACCAUCUCAAGGCGGCAGAGCUAGGAGCCAGCAGCUACACUAACAAUGUUUCUUGUCCCCAUGGCUGCGGAGAAAUCGUCCAUAGGACCGAAUUAUCAGUUCACCUGGACUUGCACCUUGCAGAAACCUUGGCCCUCGAUGAAAAGGGGAACUGUAAUACGAUAACUCAUGCAGAUGACUCAGAAGACACUUUCCACGAUCGAUUUAUUAGUGUGAAGCAGGGCUCUCCAGACGCUCAUGGUAGCAGAAAGGUCUUUUCCGGGGAUGCUACCUCGACAAGGAUUAAUGAACAUAGAAAUGGCCCAAAGUCGAAAGAACAUAGCAGUAAAGGGGCAAGAAGAUUAGGGCGCUCAGAGCUAGGACCGUAUGCACAUGAGAAACAAAUGCCCUCAUGGCUGCGGAAACUACUUCAAACUGGGGCUAAAAUGAACCGUUUCAACAAGAUCAGCUCGAGUGGUACCAUCAUGAAAGAGGUGACUAUUGAAAACGAAGCUUCACAGGUCAUCCCCGUACUUUCAAAAUUGUGUCAGCAUGAUAGCAAUGUCCAGAGAGCUUUCCUUUGCUCCCCAAGUGUCAGACAUGUGUUCAAACUGCGUAGGGAGGGAGGCUUUUGUGGUUACAGAAAUAUACAGAUGCUCAUUUCAUAUAUCAGAGAUGCGCAACGACCUGGAAGCGAGCGCUUUCCAGGCCCUAACCUCCCCUCUAUUCUUGAGCUCCAAGAUAUGAUUGAAGAGGCCUGGGAUAAUGGAUACAAUAGUACUGGUAGGCUUGAAACUGGAGGUAUCAAAGGGACUAGGAAGUACAUAGGAACGCCCGAGGCACAAGCUCUGUUUUUGAGUCUCGGAAUAAGGUGCAGCGCUAGUGCUUUCAGUGAGAACCCAAGUGUUCAAGCCCAUGAUACUCUACUACAAGAUGUGGCAAACUACUUUCGAUCCGGGUGCUCUCUGGACACUGGAGAGAAGAUCCUGCAGACCGAAUUACCACCCAUCUACUUCCAACACCGAGGACACUCCAUGACAAUCAUCGGCUUUGAAAUAAGCAAAUGGGGUAGUGCGAAUCUUCUGGUUUUUGAUCCCAUGUUCAAAACAUCACCAGCAGUACGACGAUUGGUUCACCAGUACGUAAAACCUUCUGACCCUGCCCGGGUACUGAAGGCCUACAGGCGAGGUAUUCCUUACCUGAAAAAAUACAGGGAUUUCGAAACUUUGAGUCUAUAUGUAUAGCCAUUUUUGCAUAGCGUUGAGUAUGCCAGUUUUAACUUUCACGUUUUCACGUUUUCUCCUUUUCGUCAUCGGAUCCAAAUGCUCAAUUUAUUUGUUUUUCUGGCUUUGUUUGCUAUGUUUGUUCAGUGUAAUACUACAAAUAGUUUUAUCAUUCGUUAUCACCCACUCAUAUGAGACCGGAAAUAUCACGGGUAGGAGUUAAGCCCCAAACAACGCGGUCGCACCUAAUUUAUAGUUUAGAACUGAAUUUUAGUGACGAUACGUUGCAAACCAAACGCAGUGUAUGAGUCUUGCGGGUAUUGG